AUGGCAACAACGAAAAAACCGCUAAUUUCCCGACAAAUCAACGAAAAGGUUCGUAAACGGCGGCGGCCCCGCGAGCGCGAGAAAGAAAACCCGAGGGCACAAAAUCGAGAUCCACGUCAAAAUUGCUGCCAUUCGCCCAAAAAACAAAAAAAAAGUCUGGAUGGGAGCCAGGGGCGGGCGGCGGGAGACGCGGUGAACGAAAAACGGGGCCCGGGGGGAGUUCCUGGCCCCUCAGUGGUGGUACUCUCGGCGGUAGGGGGCACGCGGGUUUUUCCCUGGGGCCCGCCCGGGUCAAUCCGCGCGCUCGCCGCGCUGGGCCCGGGGCCCGGGGUUUCCGGGCCCAAACGGGCGGCGUGGGGGCCCCCGCCCGGCCCCCCCCCGGGCCCCGGCCCCGCCGGGCUCCCGGGGAAGUCGAGGGACGGGGUGUUUCAGCAGAAUGUGGGAAAUAGCGUGUCCUGUCAUAAAAUGAACAUUUUUUUUAAGCAAAGAUAUUAA